CGGUCCAUGAGAGCUCCUGAACUGGGAUAUCAUUUUUCUAAUGAAGGACUUAAGGAUUAAUAUGAUGCUGGUGGUAAUUCUGCAGUGCUGUCUGGUGGGAUCUCUUUUGGCAUCAGAGUUCCCAACUUUAAGUACUAAGAAAAGUACACUUGUAAUGCCUUCAAACAGUACACUAAACAUCACAUGCAGUGGGGAGCAGCCAGUAGAGUGGACAUGGCAUGUGAACCUCAGCACUGAUGAUAUCCGCAUAUCCCUGAUUCAGUGCAACGAGAAUGUCUAUUGCCAAUUCCUUGUGGUUAGAGAGCUCACAGCAAAUGACACUGGAAUGUACAAGUGCUUCUAUGAAGGAAGCAAUGCUACCUCACAUGUUCACGUGUCUGUUGUAGACCAGCCAUCUCCAUUUGUGCCAAUCAAAUCUCCAUUGGUGACCAUCCAUGGCACUGCUUCCAGCAAUGAAUCUGUGACCAUACCAUGCCUGGUCUCAAGACCUGAUCUCAACAUGACUCUGCGUACGAAAUAUGCAGUCAACACAUUUCUCCCCAAUGGACACAAUAUUCAGUGGCAUUAUCAGAAGGGGUUCACCAUCUCCAGUGGAUUGCUGAGGUUUGUCGAUAUGGUCUUCUGUGAGACAACUCUCAAUGGAGAAACAUACAGAUCCAGCAACUUUAUCAUUGUAGUUAUAGAGUAUAGGAUCUAUAGCCUAUCAAUGAACCCAUAUCCUCAGAUCAAACUGGCUGUAGGGGACAGGCUGGAACUAACUUGCAAAGCUCAUACUCCAUUAAAUGCCAGAGUCAAAUACAGUUGGGACUAUCCUUCAAUGAUGGAUGUUGGAGUGGCGCUGAUUAAAGGGAAAUUAAAUUAUGCACCCAUCGAAAUGGAGCAGUUGAGUUCACUAACGAUAGAACAGAUAACUUUGAGACAUGGAGGGAAUUACAGUUGCACAGCAGAUACAGGAGGAAUGAAUAAGACUAACAGCACCACGGUCAUUGUGUAUGAAAAACCUUUUAUAUUAAUCGAUGAGACAAUGGAGAAGGUGUUUAUCGUGAAAUCUGGAGAUCGUGUCAAGAUACCAGUCAAGUUUACAGCAUUUCCUGAUCCAGAGGCCAAAUGGCUUAAAAAUGGUAAAAUGUUUUCCCACAAUCACAAAACUCCGUACUUCCUUUCUAUCAAUGAAUGCAGCGAAAGAGACUCUGGCAAUUAUACAGUUGUUCUUACUAACCCACGAGGGAAGGUAAAGCCAUUGUUACCCUUCUUUCUAGUCCCUCCACACAUCUGUGAAAAGGCGGUAUCUACUUCUGUGGAAUCAAUCAAGUUUGGCAAACGUUCUACGCUAACUUGUACUGCAUCUGGGAUUCCAUCACCAGUUAAUAUCCAGUGGACAUGGCAGCUGUUGGAGGAAUGCACCUCGUCAUCUCAACUGCACGAUGAAAAGAGGAAUACUUACAGCUGCCCAAACUGGAGGAGCAUUCAGGACAAACACGGAGGCAAUACAAUUGAGAUGCAUGACACUCAUACUGAUGUCAUAGAAGGAAAAAUAAAGACUGUGAGCAAACUGUUUAUCGCAGCAGCUAACGUUUCUGCAAUUUACAAAUGUUUGGCCACCAACGAAGCAGGAAAAGAUGAACACGUCAUUGCUUUUCUUGUCACACGAGAGCUUAGCAUCAGCAUGAACCCUGAAAGCAAGCACACAGAACGGGACAACGUGACCCUCAGAUGCACUGCUGAUAGAGAUACGUAUGAGAAACCAGUCUGGUUCAAGUUGCGCUCUCCUAUACCAAUAAGCAGGUCAAAAGUCAGUUGUGAGAACUUGAAUCUUUUCAGUAAAGUGGAAAUGGAUUCCACUAUUUUGGAUGGAGACGGAGUAAAUGUCACCUCAGAGCUACGUUUACAAGACAUCUCUAGGCAUGAAAAGGGUCCCUAUAUGUGUGUGGCAUAUGACCGAAAGAUGCAGAAGAAUGAAUGUUCUGUCAUAGAAUUAAAUAUUCUUGCAUUGGAAGCUCCCAUCAUUCAACCUGCACUCAAGAACCAGACUACUAAUGUUAGUGAGACGGUGGAGGUGCGCUGCCAAGUCACUGGUACUCCUGAUCCAAAGGUCGUUUGGUUCAAAAAUGCCCAGGCUCUAGUUGGAGACUCAGGUAUUAUUUUAAGGGAUCGUAACAGAACUUUAACUAUACAGCGUGUAAGAAAACAAGAUGAAGGUUUCUAUUCCUGCCGAGCCUGCAAUGAUUUGGGUUGUGCAGAAGCAGAAAUGUACUUUACAGUGAAUGACUCUGAAGAGAAGACAAAUCUGGAGCUCAUUAUUCUGGUUGGCACUGGUGUGAUUGCCUUGUUCUUUUGGAUGCUUCUUGUAAUCAUCCUCCGGACCGUAAAGAGGCCCAAUGAAGGGGAACUCAAGGCGGGCUAUUUAUCUAUAAUUAUGGACCCCAGUGAAGUACCGCUUGAUGAGCAGUGUGAAAGGCUACUCUAUGACUCACCAAAGUGGGAGUUUUCAAGAGAUCGCCUUAAAUUAGGGAAACCUCUUGGCCGCGGAGCAUUCGGGCAAGUCAUGGAAGCCGAUGCCUUUGGAAUCGAUAAAACUGGCACUUGCAGAACUGUUGCAGUGAAAAUGCUGAAAGAGGGGGCCACUGAUAGUGAAUACAGAGCAUUGAUGUCAGAGUUAAAAAUCCUCAGUCACAUUGGUCACCACCUGAAUGUUGUGAACUUGCUUGGAGCCUGCACCAAACCAGGAGGUCCACUGAUGGUAAUUGUUGAAUACUGCCAUUUUGGAAACCUCUCUGCAUAUUUAAGAAAUAAAAGGAAUGACUUUGUUCUGUACAAGACCAAGUCUGUGCGGUACAGACAGGCCAAACAGCACUAUGUAGAAACACCCAGGGAUCUGAAGAAGAGACUGGAUAGUAUUGCCAGCAGCCAGAGCUCAGCUAGUUCUGGUUUUGCAGAGGAGAAAUCUCUGAGUGAUGUGGAGGAAGAAGAAGUUGAAGAGGUUUGUAAAAACCAGCUAAGCAUGGAGGACCUCAUCUCAUACAGCUUCCAGGUGGCCCGUGGCAUGGAGUAUAUGGCCUCACGUAAAUGCAUUCACCGGGACUUGGCAGCUCGUAAUAUACUCCUGGCUGACAAUAAUGUGGUCAAAAUCUGUGACUUUGGCUUGGCACGUGAUGUCUAUAAAGAUCCAGAUUAUGUACGGAAGGGGGAUGCUCGACUUCCUCUCAAAUGGAUGGCGCCAGAAACCAUUUUUGACAGAGUCUACACAACACAAAGCGAUGUGUGGUCAUUUGGGGUCUUGCUCUGGGAAAUCUUCUCAUUAGGUGGAUCUCCAUAUCCUGGUGUCCAGAUUGAUGAAGAUUUCUGUAGAAGAUUAAAAGAGGGGACACGGAUGAGAGCUCCGGAUUAUGCAACUGUGGAAAUAUAUCAGACAAUGCUGGACUGCUGGCAUGGAGAUCCCUUACAGAGACCCACAUUUACUGAACUAGUGGAGCAUCUGGGAAAUGUGCUGCAAGCAAAUGUGCAGUUGGAUGGAAAAGACUAUGUUCCACUUACAGUGACUUUGAACAUUGAAGAAGACUCUGGGCUUUCAAUGCCGACCUCACCUGUUUCCUGUAUGGAAGAAGAGGAAAUGUGUGAUUCAAAAUUCCACUAUGACAACGCAGCCGGAAUAAGGUUUUUGUGUUCAGAUAGUUUGAGAAAUAGCCGGCCUGUCAGCGUGAAGACAUUUGAGGAUAUCCCUGUGGAGUCCUCAGUGAGAGUAGCCCCUGAUGACAACCAAACAGAUAGUGGGAUGAUACUUGCAUCAGAAGAGUUGAGAAAACUGGAGAACACACAACAAGAAACCCAGUUAUUUAGCAUUCUGAUGCCAAGUAAAAGCAAAGAAUCAGUCACAUCCGGAUCCUCCAACCAAACCAGUGAUUACCAGUCUGGAUACCACUCAGAUGACACAGAACCUGCCCAUGACACUAAUGAAAAAACACAGCUUCUAAAAAGGGAAAGUCCACCUGAUAUCUGCUACAUGGAAAAAAACCCACACCAAGCUGUUAUUCAACUGAGCACUGAGGUAUAGACGAUUAGAACUGUUAACGUCACACACAAUGCACUAAUAGAGACUGAAAAUAUGGAGAUCUACUCUGCAAGAGCACCAUUGAAGGACAGUAUUUCAGUAAUACACAGAACUAAGACCCCUGGAUGUUUCAGCACCGACUUAUGAAUGGCUCAGCCUCAAA